AAAAAAGGGUACUGAUAAAAGUGGAUAGAGUUUUGGUGUGCGUGUCGCAUGUAGUGUGCAUUCCUUACUGCACAAAUGAUUGAUUUGGCAUCUGCUCAUUGGAUAAGGACUUCUAAAGAUGUUUUUCUAAACCUAAAGUUGGUUUUUUAAGUCAAAAAUGCAAAAAUAGACGUUUGCCGUCAUUUACAAAUUAAAAUCAAAUUAUUUUCCAUUCACAACUGUUCAAAAUCUGCUCUUGCGUUUAGGAAUGUGAAUAAUUUUUUUUCCACGGAGUUACAUUUCUCCCCGUUUGCCAUGAAACCUAUGAAAAGUGACACGAUUGCGGUCGAGCGUCCUGGGUAAGGCUCAGUGCAAACCUCUUAGUGCCUGAUCAGAUCUGAGGGCAUCAGCUUGUCGAAGUCCUGAAGGCACCAACAUCUUCGUUUGUCUGUGUUUCCACGCCGAGGUAACCCUUGCCAUCUGCGGUCAGCAUCUUUUCUCGGGUGUUACCUGGUGUCCGGUUCUAAUGGGGAACCCAACACCAGGGCGGGUCCAGAGCCUGGCGAACGGACGUGCUUGCCGGGGACCCCAGGAGCCAGGCGUCCAGCCCCGAGUCAAGGAGGCCACGCGACUGCGCUCGUGGAGCGUUUGAGGCUCUGCGCUCCCCACUCCCUCUUCUCCUGGGCCCUCGCCGCGCUUUGUUGUCGUUGAGGCUCUCGGGAGAGAGGAGGAGCCCGGAGGGGACAGUUGCGGGAGCCCGCCGAGUCCCGGGCUGCUGCGCGCGCCCUGACACCCACGCCCGCAGCCCCGCCGAGCCGAGUCGCGCAGGCGCGCGCGCGAGCGCACGCACACACACCCGGACACCAGCACACCAGGGCCCGGUGCCCAGCCCUCCCUCUGGGCGGGGAUCCGCCCGCCCGCCCGCCGUCAGCUUAGGUUGAGGCACCCUGCGUGUGUCUAUAACUUUGUGCUUCUGCCGCGGCCCCCCUGCUUGUGGAAGGGAGGAGGAGGAAUGUGGAAGGCGGCGGCGCGCAGGCUGACAGGCGGUUCCUCAGGCGGGCUGCGGCGGCAGCCGGAGCGCCUCUCCUUCGCGGAGGUUGCACGUCCCCUCCUCGCCGUGCCCCGGGCCCGCGCGGGAUUGUGCGUCCUCCCCCCUCGUCCCUGAAGGGAAGGAACCGAGGCGGCGGCAGUAGCGGCAGCGGCGCCCGGCAGCCCGAGCCUUCGCGGCGUCCCCGUCCCUCCCCCGCCGCACCCCGCCCCGGCGGAGAGGAGAGCGCCAGAGCCAGAGCCGCGGGCGGGCGGCGAAGAUGGCAGAGGCGCGGGCCUCCCCGGCCCCGCUCUCUCCACUCGAAGUGGAGCUGGACCCGGAGUUCGAACCCCAGAGCCGGCCGCGCUCCUGUACUUGGCCCCUGCAGAGGCCCGAGCUCCAGGGGAGCCCGGCCAAGCCCUCGGGGGAGGCGGCCGCUGACUCCAUGAUCCCCGAGGAGGAGGACGAUGAAGACGACGAGGACGGCGGCGGUAGGGCCGGCUCGGCCAUGGCGAUCGGCGGCGGCGGGAGCAGCACGCUGAGCGCCGGGCUGCUCCUUGAGGACUCGGCCCGGCUGCUGGCUCCAGGAGGGCAGGACCCCGGUUCCGGGCCAGCCCCCGCGGCGGGAGCGCUGAGCGGGGCGACGCAGACACCGCUGCAGCCUCAGCAGCCACUGCCACCGCCGCAGCCGGGGGCGGCUGGGGGAUCUGGGCAGCCGAGGAAAUGCUCGUCGCGGCGGAACGCCUGGGGGAACCUGUCUUACGCUGACCUGAUCACUCGCGCCAUCGAAAGCUCCCCGGACAAACGGCUCACACUGUCCCAGAUCUACGAGUGGAUGGUGCGCUGCGUGCCCUACUUCAAGGAUAAGGGCGACAGUAACAGCUCUGCGGGCUGGAAGAAUUCUAUCCGGCACAACCUUUCGCUGCACAGCCGGUUCAUGCGGGUCCAGAAUGAGGGGACCGGCAAGAGCUCCUGGUGGAUCAUCAAUCCUGAUGGAGGGAAGAGCGGGAAGGCGCCCCGACGGCGGGCUGUCUCCAUGGACAACAGCAACAAGUAUACCAAGAGCCGUAGCCGCGCAGCCAAGAAGAAGGCAGCCCUGCAGACAGCUCCCGAGUCAGCAGAUGACAGCCCCUCCCAGCUUUCCAAGUGGCCCGGCAGCCCCACGUCGCGCAGCAGCGAUGAGCUGGAUGCGUGGACGGACUUCCGCUCGCGCACCAAUUCCAAUGCCAGCACAGUCAGCGGCCGCCUGUCACCCAUCCUGGCAAGCACAGAGUUGGACGACGUCCAGGAUGACGACGCACCGCUCUCCCCCAUGCUCUACAGCAGUUCGGCCAGCCUCUCACCCUCUGUCAGUAAGCCGUGCACCGUGGAGCUGCCACGGCUCACCGACAUGGCCGGCACCAUGAAUCUGAACGAUGGGCUGGCUGACAACCUCAUGGACGACCUGCUGGAUAACAUCACUCUCCCAUCGUCCCAGCCAUCCCCCGCAGGAGGGCUCAUGCAGCGGAGCUCUAGCUUCCCGUACACCACCAAGGGCUCCAGCCUGGGCUCUCCCACCAGCUCCUUCAACAGCACGGUGUUCGGACCCUCCUCUCUGAAUUCCCUGCGCCAGUCUCCCAUGCAGACCAUCCAAGAGAACAAGCCAGCCACCUUCUCUUCCAUGGCACACUAUGGCACCCAGACACUCCAAGACCUGCUCACGUCUGACUCACUCAGCCACAGCGACGUCAUGAUGACCCAGUCGGACCCCCUGAUGUCCCAGGCCAGCACUGCUGUGUCUGCCCAGAACUCCCGCCGCAGCGUGAUGCUUCGCAGUGACCCGAUGAUGUCCUUUGCCGCCCAGCCUACCCAGGGGAGUUUGGUCAAUCAGAACUUGCUCCACCACCAGCACCAAACCCAGGGCGCUCUCGGUGGCAGCCGUGCCUUGUCGAAUUCUGUCAACAACAUGGGCUUGAGCGACUCCAGCAGCCUUGGGUCAGCCAAACACCAGCAGCAGUCUCCCGCCAGCCAGUCUAUGCAAACCCUCUCGGACUCUCUCUCAGGCUCCUCCUUGUACUCAACGAGUGCAAACCUUUCCGUCAUGGGCCACGAGAAGUUCCCCAGCGACCUGGACCUGGACAUAUUCAAUGGGAGCUUGGAAUGUGACAUGGAGUCCAUUAUUCGUAGCGAACUCAUGGAUGCUGAUGGGUUGGAUUUUAACUUUGAUUCCCUCAUCUCCACACAGAACGUUGUUGGUUUGAACGUGGGGAACUUCACUGGUGCUAAGCAGGCCUCAUCUCAGAGCUGGGUGCCAGGCUGAAGGAUCACUGAGGAAAGGGGAAGUGGGCAAAGCAGACCCGCAAACUGACACAAGACCUACAGAGGACACCCUUUGCCAAAUCUGCUCUCAGCAAGUGGACAGUGAUACCGUUUACAGCUAACACCUUUGUGACUCCCACGCCAUUUUCCUAACCCAGCAGAGACUGUUAAUGGCCCCUUAACCCCGAUGAAGCGCUUACCCUCAGAACAGAACUCUCUAUAUAUAAAGAAUGCGAAUCUUCCUUGUAUGGGGUGAUGCCACCUGCCAGCGAAGGACCGCACCCUGUCAGCACCACCCACUCUUGUUCAGAGCACACCGUGUGAGCCCCUGGUGGCGAUUCUGUGGUGUUUUAAUAUCGCGAUGGUUUAUGGGAUGUUUUAAAUGUUGUUUUGUGUUUGUUUUCCUUUGACUUUCUGAGUUUUUCACAUGCAUUAACUUGCGGUAUUUUUCUGUUAAAAUGUUAAUCAUUCUUUCCCUGGCAAUUUAAAAACAGAAGGAAAUGUACCAGUUACCAUUCUGGCUUUGGGCAUCACAAGCAUUUGAGCCCGUGGAACUCCAUAAACUAACAAAUUACAUAAACUAGAGGGGGAUUUUCUUUCUUCUUUUGUUUGAUAGAAAACUAUCCUUUUCUAAAAACCAAACAAUGGCACAACUGUUCUCUCUGUGCACCAGUCCAGGGCUGAACCCUGCAUAGGCAGAACGAGUGGCCCGUGCCCCGACCAGCCCAGUGUGUUUCCGUGCUGAGUCACGGUGGUUGGGGGACAAGACCCCUGCACCUGGUCUGCAGGUGCCAGGUCAGUGGGGUCUGUGGUCUCCUGUCAGUAUCCUCAGCUCAUGCCAUGAACAGUGAUGCUAUGUUGGUUAGAAAUUAGGAUCUUUUCAAGAAAGAAAUCAGCUCAGCUGUCCACUAAUUGCCAAAUGCCACUAAAGGAUUUAGUUUUAAGGAGAAAAGAAAAAAAAAA